AUGGCAAGGAGAUGUCUUUCAAUGCAGGAAGUCCACGACAAGAUGAGAAGGUGGACAGUGCUUGUGCAAGUUGUGGAGAAAUCACACGUGUUAACCAGUAACGGAUCGCCGCUUAUCAGAUUUCAACGUCUUGUCUUAACAGAUUCUGAGGGGAAUAUGGUUUUAGCUGUCAUUUAUGGAAAUGACAUUCAUUAUUUUGCUAAUCUACUGCAACCAUUCAAGCGAUACUAUAUCACUGGUGGGACUGUCAAAAAACAGGAUGCAAAGUAUAAAGUUAGUGACUAUCACUUCUCAUGGGUGAUUCAUAACAAGACAUUAGUUGAAGAAUAUGUCGAGCCAAAUCCACCAAUGCUACCAUGCACUUUUGAAUUCACCAAAUUUGAAGACCUUUUUAGGUUCGCAGACACGGAGAAUGUUCAGAGUUUACAAGCUGUUGUCAUCACUGCAUUUGCGACAAAGGAACAGAAUAACGGCUCUACAACAAGAGACUUCAUUGUUAUGAAUGAAGAGUUAAAUGAGUUCGAACAAAAUCAAGGAACACAGCUUGCAAACAGCAUUGGGAAUGCCAAUGUUAUCAUUGGCAUGAAACUGAAAAUCACAACAGCUUGCAAACAGCAUUGGGAAUGCCAACACUUAUCCCUGACAACCAAGCCUGGGAGUGGCCGUCUGAUUAAUCCUCUCACUUCUGAAGCAAAUGCACUCAAAGAAUGGUAUAAUGCAAAUAAAGAAGAAAUUGCAGAGUUGAUAAAACAAAUGGCAUACAAAGAUUCAUCUAAGCUGCUGCCUCCUCCAAGUGCUAAUGACAUGAUCACAUGUGAGAACUGCCAAAAGGCUAUCAAUGUUGACGUAGGAUGGGUUAUGAGAUGCCCAUCUUGCAAAGAAGAGAGCAAAGUUGUAGCAAGGACCCGAAUUGGGAUUACUGUGGAUGAUGGUACGGGCUCCAUAAACACUGUUACCUUUGGCCUUGAUGCUGAAAGGUUUAUCUCAUUUACAGCUCUUCAAUUCUGGGAAGCUCAUAAUGAGCAGCUUAACUUUUUUGCUGAACUAGCAUCUACAAUCGGAAAGCAUUCGAUUGUGUGUUUCAUUCGCUGCUAUGAGGCAGAUUAUCAAGACCAGAAGGAAGGCAAUCCAUCAACCAAAAAUUUGCUUGAUACCAUCGCUGAAUCUUCUGCUACUGCAAACAAAGUGCCGCCUCCAGUGACCAUAGCAAAAAGGACCUUGGUUUUUGGAACUGUGCCUUCUAAAAUUGGUUUGAAUUUUGCUGAAGCUAAUACAUCUACCUUGCUGCCCACCAAUGCACCUGGAAGUCCCUUGAAGAAGCAGCGUGAUGAUGAACUCUGA